AUGACAGGCGUAUGCCAACCGCCCAUACCACCCGGCGAUCUGCUCCUCCAUGCUGGCGACCUUAGCGUCUGGGGCACAUUCUCCGAGAUUCAAGCUCAACUCACAUGGCUUUCUCAGCAACAGCACCGAUACAAAGUUGUUGUAGCAGGGAACCACGAUCUACUGCUCGACCCCGAGUUUAUUGAACGGCACCCAGAGAGAUGGGAACAAAUUCAGCAGACGACGUGUAGCACCGGGGAGGCUGAUGACUCAAAGACGGCCAAGGACCUGGACUGGGGUGGUUUGAUAUACCUGCGGAAUUCUCAUGUUCCUCUCAAAUUUCCAGACAACCGCGAUAUCACCAUCUACGGCUCUCCGCUCACACCCCAGUACGGCAUCUCGGCCUUCCAAUAUCGUCCGUCAGAAGACUUCUGGAGCGGAAGAAUCCCAACAAACACUGACAUCGUCCUUACGCAUGGCCCACCCUGGGGACACCUUGACGGGUUGAAGAAGUCUGGGUGCGCGUUCCUGGUGCGCGAGGUGGCGCGGGUGCGACCCCAGCUGGUGGUAUACGGGCACAUACAUAUCGGGUAUGGGAUGGAGGAGAGCGUUUAUGAUAGGGUGGGGAAAGCGUAUGAAGCUGUCAUGGGGCAGUUGGGUGGGCGUGGGACUUUGGUUGGAAUGGCGUGGGGCAUCGUUUGGGAAUGGUUCCUCGGGAAGAUCUUCCAUAGGGCAGGAAAGAAGACAAUUUUUGUGAAUGCAGCAGUGGUGGAAGGCUGGGAGGAGCAUGUGGUAAAAAAUGCCGCGGUUGUGGUGCAGAUUUUAGUGAACUUGAUAACUCGAUGCUCCGCGGGAUAUUUUGGUGAAGGUAUUGAUCAUUGA